AUGGUGGUUGGCAUCACGAUGAGCUGUGGUGGUAGGCGUCGCGAUGGGGCAUUGUGGGUUGGGGUAGAUCCGAUGGUCCGUGGUGAGCAUAUUCUAGAGCAGCUGAAACAUGGGGUUGCCAAAUUUGAGCUAGUCUCUUCGCCACUUCCUUCAAUUUCCACCUCGAAACCUCAGACUCUCUUCACUGGCAACAGCCAUCGCUUCUUUGCUAGAAUUGGACCUUCACUGGGAUCAGCGGCGAUGAAAAAAAUAGAGCAUUAUUCGGUUCAGAAAGUUACUGGAGAUGGGCGCUGUCUAUUUCGUGCUCUGGUCAAAGGAAUGGCUUUCAACAAGGGUAUCUCACUUAAUCCACGAGAAGAGAGAAAUGAUGCAGAUGAAUUACGAAUGGCUGUGAAAGAGGUUAUAUGUGAUAGUAAAAAAGAACGCCAACAAUACGAAGAAGCAGUUAUUGCGAUCACGGUUGAUGAGUCUUUGAAACGUUACUGCCAACGCAUUCAGCGACCUGACUUUUGGGGAGGCGAGUCAGAGUUACUGGUGCUGUCAAGAUUGUGUAAUCAGCCUAUCAUUGUUUACAUACCGGAGCAUGAGCAUGCAAGGAGCUGGUGGGGCUCUGGCUUUAUUCCCAUAGCAGAGUACGGAGCCGAGUUCUGGAAGGGCUCAUGGAAUGGAAAGCCAAGGAAAGCUGUGAGGCUACUGUACAGUGGUAAGAACCAUUAUGACUUGCUUAAUCACAUAAAGUAA